AUGGCGGCGCCGCGCCACGUCCGCACCCGGAAGUACCGUCACGGCGGGGCGGGGCGGGGCGGGGCGGGGCGGGGCGGGGCGGGGCGCUGGCUCCUCCCGGCCGCCAGGGGGCGCGCGCGGUCGGGCCGUGCGGGCGCUGCGGGCGCUGCGGGCGCGGCGGGCGGAGUCGCCAUGGCGACGGCGGCGGCGGCGGCGGCGGCGCGGCGGGAAGCGAGGCGGGCGGAGGUGGGACACGGGGGGAUACGGCGGGACACGGGGACGCGGGUGGAGGUGGCGCACGGGGGAUAUACGCCGGGACACGACGGGCGGAGAUACGGCGGGACACGGCGGGACACGGGGACGCGGGUGGAGGUGGCGCACGGGGGAUACGGCGGGACACAACGGGCGGAGGUGGGACACGGGGGAUACGGCGGGACACGACGGGCGGAGGUGGGACACGGGGGAUACGGUGGGACACGACGGGCGGAGGUGGGACACGGGAGAUACGGCGGGACACGACGGGCGGAGGUGGGACACGGGGGAUACGGCGGGACACGACGGGCGGAGGUGGGACACGGGAGAUACGGCGGGACACGGCGGGACACAGGGACGCGGGUGGAGGUGGCGCACGGGGGAUACGGCGGGACACGGCGGGCGGAGGUGGGACACGGGGGAUACGGCGGGACACGGCGGGACACGGGGCGCGGGCGGAGGUGGGGCACGGGACACAGCGUGGCAGCGCACGUUCGGCUCUCGGCGCAGCCCCGCCCGGUGGAGAACCAGCCGUACGACGAGAGCCUGGAGCUGCCUGAGGCCGAUCCCGGAGCCCGCUCGCCGCGGGCGGGGACCGCGGGCCGCCUGCGGGACUCCCGUCGGCCCGGCGUGUCGGUCGGAGCGGCCGGGAGCGGCGGCCGGGGCAGCGGAGGGAAGGAGGAGGCAGCGGCACACCUCCCCGGCCCAGCCACCUUCAGCGAGGAUGACGACGAGGACGACGAGGACUCGGAGGAAGAUUCCUCGGAGAGCGACUCGGAGGAGGACUCGGAGGAGCACGGGGCCGCGCUGGAAGGUGACUUCAAUCCAGCAGAUUUUGACUACCUGCAAGUGUCCUCUGAAAUCAAAGAUCUCUUUGAAUACAUCAAGAGGUACACUCCCAAAACAAUAGAGAUUGAGCACAAGCUGCAGCCUUUUAUUCCAGACUUUAUUCCUGCUGUUGGAGACAUUGAUGCAUUCCUAAAGGUUCCUCGUCCCGAUGGCAAGCCUGACAACCUUGGCCUGCUGGUCCUGGAUGAGCCCUCAACCAAGCAGUCAGACCCCACCGUGCUCUCCCUUUGGCUGACAGAGAACUCCAAGCAGCACAACAUCACACAGCAAAUAAAAGUGAAGAGUUUGGAGAAUGCAGAAAAUAACCCUAAAGCCAUUGAGAGCUGGAUUGAAAGUAUUAGUGAACUGCAUCGCUGCAAGCCUCCUGCCACAGUCCAUUACUCCAGGCCAAUGCCUGACAUUGAGACCCUGAUGCAGGAAUGGUCACCAGAAUUUGAGGAGCUCCUGGGAAAGGUGGGCCUUCCAAGCGCAGAGAUGAGCUGUGACCUUGCUGAGUACAUCGACAUGAUCUGUGCCAUUCUGGACAUCCCCGUGUACAAGAGCCGGAUCCACCCUCUGCACGUGCUCUUCUCCCUCUUCUUGGAGUUCAAGAACUCGCAGCACUUCAAGCCCCUGGCUGAUGGGCAGAAGGGCAGGAGCCCACCAUCCAACCCACCCUCACAAGCAGCGGAGGCAGAGGUGUUGAGCUUUAAUUGAUGCUUCACAUUAAAGCCUCAUCUCCUGGAUCACUGUCUGCCACUGGACACUGAGGUGUACCCAGAGCAGGCUGGGAGAUAUUACACAGCAAAUCAGAAGCCUCUCUGAUCUUAGAGACAUUGUUGGGCUGCUCUGUGUUAGGGAGUAGGGCUUGACUGACCAUAUUUGUUGCAGAAGCUGCCUAAUGGCUCAAUUUUUGACUUGUUCCCAAGGAGUUCAGCAUUAAACCAGCCUUUCCCAGUGUCAAGCUCUCUCUGCCACAGGUGCUGCAGAGCAGAGGCUCCUUCAGCACACACUGUAAGGGCUGGAGCAAACAGGAAUAAAUUCCACAUUCAGACACAACACUCAGAUCUGCUCAGGGUGUUGCAAGCUCUGACCUGGAGACCUUGAAUCUCCUCUGCUCCUAAUUAUUGCACCCCCUUUCCUGUUGAGAAGAGUCCCUUGGCUCCUGUCAAGCAGAAAUAACCUGUAUGGCACCACAGA